AAAAGAAGGAAAAAAAAAGAAAAAAAAAAAAAGAAAGAAACAUGUAGCGCUACCAGUGAAUUAUGUAUGAAACUGUCUAGCAGCCUGAUACAUUCAAACUUGGGAAAUGCGAAACAAUGCGAAGUGUGGUAUGGGCGAACGGCGGCGGCCGUCGUGGGUGGUCCAAGUGGUUCUGAGAGCAAGCUUGUCUCGUGUGUGGUCCAAGCCGUUCGUACACUGGACGCGACUAUCGCUCUGCCGCCAGAAGAUGCGAGACACUUUGUCCGUACAAAAGGGAGGCCUUUCUCCGUGGCUAAUCGAGAUUAGCUGAAGAAAAUAUUUCUAUCUCUAUGCGUGAGAUUAUGAUCUUGUUAAUAUGCUGCUUGCUUAUACUUCAUGGAGUCAAGUCAGAAUUGGAACAUACUUUUACUGGUAAUACUAAUAAUGAAAAUAAAACAUGGAAGGAUUUGGAUUUGAGCCACAGACACAGAAUCAAGGAUUCCAAUUAUCUGCUGGACAGAUAUCCUUUGGGAGAACUACCUACUGAUUCUGAGAACUGCCGUAGACCUGCAAAGUGCAUACCUUUACAGAAAAACACUUGUAUGGGUACCAAAUUACCUUAUACAUCUACCACAUUAGAUCUUGUAUCUGAAUAUACAACACAGAAAAUAAUUGAGGAAAAGUUAUAUUUACUACAAGCAUUAAGACAUAUACCAAAGUGUUGGGCAGUUGUACAACCAUUUUUAUGCUCAAUAUUUAUGCCAAAAUGCAUAAAUGAUACGGUUGAUUUACCUUCUCAAGAAAUGUGUAAGAUGGUAUCAGGACCUUGUAGAAUAGUAUUUAAUCAUACUAUUUGGCCAAAUUUUGUUAAAUGCGAGAAUACAAAACUUUUUCCAAGAUUAUGUAAAAAUGACAUAAGAGAACUGAAAUUCAAUACAUCAGGUAAAUGUUUAAAACCACUGAUCCCUACUGAUAAUGCACUUGCAAUUUUUGAGGGUGUAGACGGAUGUGGUACACAGUGCAAUGAUCCAUUUUUUACAUUGGAUGAGCAAAAACAAAUCCAUUCUUUCAUUGCUUGGGCUGCUGGUAUUUGUUGUACGUUUAACUUUUUUACUGUGGUAAGUACCAUGUACCAAGGGUGUAAAACGGUAAUACUAUACCUUUCAGAAAGUUUAACAUUCUAUUUUCACGUAUUUCAGGUUACAUUUUUAAUAGACUGGAGAAGUGCAAAUAAAUAUCCUGCAUUAGUUAUAUUUUACAUAAAUUGUUGUUUUAUGGUAUCAUGUAUAGGAUGGCUAGUACAAUUUACUCCUGGAAGUAGAGAUGUGAUCGUAUGCCGUAAAGAUGGGACAUUGAGAAUGAGCGAACCAAGCGGAGAAAACUUAUCUUGCGUUGUUGUCUUUGUACUUGUUUAUUAUUCGCUCAUGGCUGCAAUGGUGUGGUUUGUAAUUUUAACAUAUGCUUGGCAUAUGAGUUUUCAAGCUCUUGGUAAAAUUCAAGAUAGGAUCGAUAAAAAGGGUGCUUAUUUCCAUCUGAUCGCUUGGUGCUUACCGCUUGUUUUAACGGUAACGAUUAUGGCAUUGGGAGAAAUAGAUGGUAAUAGCGUUACUGGUAUCUGUUUCGUGGGUUAUACGAAUCAUGCAGUGAGAGCUUGGUUCCUACUUGGACCCGUGUUAAUCGUAUUACUUGUUGGAGGAUAUUUUUUAUCGAGAGGAUUGAUCACGCUGAUUCGCUUAAAAAUCAGUAGCCAGGAAAUUAUAUCAGAAAGAGCAAGUUCUAAAAUAAGAGAAACCAUCGUUAGAAUGGGCCUGUUUUCCAUUUUUACAUUUGCAGCAGUUGUAGUGACCUGCUAUUGUCACAUUCAUGAAUUUCAGCAUUCUUGGCAAUGGCGACAAAGUUUUCGCGAUUAUAUGAUAUGUUCGAUAACAACAAAGUAUGCAGAAAUAUCUGAAUGUAAAAUGGAAGCAAGACCAAGUGCUGCCAAGUUGCAGUUGCAUUUACUUUCACCAUUUUUUGCUGGUAUACUUAUGUCAUCGUGGGUUUGGACAGGAUCUACGGUGGAUACAUGGACUAGAUUUCUCCGACGGACGUUUAAUUGCGAGUCGGAAGAACCGAUAAGAUUGAAGAAACACAAAGUUAUAGCGCAAGCUUUCGCAAAACGCAAGACUUUCAACAAUGCUGGUCGUUUAUCAAUUAGUUUUCAUAAUACUCACGAAGAUCCGGUAGGAUUGAAUUUUGAUCUCAAUUCGGUAGCUUCGCAAGACUUUAGUUCGACUUGGGCUGCUGCUUUACCAAAACUAGUAACAAGGAGAGGUGCGCUUGUAGGUGGAACAACGGGUUCGGUAUCUAGCAACAGAAGAAAUUCUGUUGAUUCUGAAAUAAGUUUUAGCGUGAGACGUGUCUCUGUGGAAUCUAGAAGAAAUUCAUUGGAUUCUCAGAUAUCCGUUCAGAUUGCUGAAUUGAAAACAACGAGGAAAGUAGCAGGAAGUGCUCGUGGACGUCGUGGAAAGCGUAGAAGAGAUUUUGCAAAGUCAAGAUCUGGAAAAGUUGGUCCACUUUUUCGACGAGGUAGUACUACGUCCCAAGAGAGUCAGUUGGGCGCACAAAUACUUUCAGCGUUGACCAUUGGUGGUACAUCCAAAAUACCGCCUAUUCAAGUGCCUAAUAUGAAGAGACGAUCGGCCAGUGCUGGAUUAGAUGAGAGAGUUUUAAACUCUAAAAUGCUCGAAGGGAAAGGCCCGGGUAUGCUUCUACCAUUUUUAUUUCCAGAUCAGAGCGGCAGCGAUGAAAAUUUAAGUAGCGAAGAGAAAAGACAUCGAGAUAUGAGAGACAAAGAUAUUGAUAUAGAAGCGGGCAAUGUCGAGAAAGAAGAUCAAGACACCGACAGCGACGAUAGUCAGCCCGAUGAAGAAACGAAGAUAUUAGAACCGGAAGAACCAUUAGAAAAUAGUAAAAGUAAAGCGAGCAACAAAAGUGCCAAGAGUUAUUGUCACGAAAGUGAUAUCAGAAGUAGGGAAGGUCGUAAAAGCAAAUAUUUGUUACAAGACGAGGCUAUUCUGAAACAUUUACUGCAAGAAUCUAGCGAGACGAAAUUGAAAUGCGAAACAGAGAAAAAAGACGCGUACAAAAAGGCUGGUAUGGGUGAUCUAGCAUCUAGCUUAACAUCUUGCUGUCCCGAAUUAACGCGGUUAAUGCAAUCGGAUGGACAGACUAACGCGAGAGAAAUAGCAACGCAAACUUCCUUGCCUCUCGAUAUCUUGGAAAUGGAGGAACUGAAACAAAGUAUCGACGAGAUCAUUAAUAGCAGACAUUGUAGUUCUAAAGGAACGCAAAUGUCACCUUAAUUAAAUAAAAAAUUAAAAUACUACGAGGUAAGACUGAACAUUAAUACUGAUAAAUAUCGUAUAUCAUUGAAAAAGAGAUAUUAAAAGAAACGCUAACGUCCGAAGAACAAUAUUCGAUUAAUAUGUUCGACCUAACAAUAGUGUGGCUAUUAAAGUGUUGAUAUUAUGUAUAUGUUUUUGAUAGCUAAGGAUAUACUAUUCUCUUAAGUAGUACGUCGAAACUUUUUUAAUCAAUGCGAAUGACUUGUAACGUGAUCCGGAUACACGAUGAUAUUUAUAUAUAUCUAUAUUUUUAUAUAUUUUAUUUUUAUUAAAAUAGUCAUAAAUUUUUUCCGACGAAUAAUUUAAUGCAUUUAUAAUAUCGGAUUUGCAAGUGUAUCAUGCGUUAAGAAAUAUAAAGUAACUUUCUUUUUUCAUAGAAGAUCAAAUUAUUUCGAUAUAUCUACAUAUCAUUUUAUAUGAACACAUCGAAAGAAAAUUUUCUUGUGCGAGGAUGUUUAUACAUAACAAGUUUAUGUAUAAAAUAUCUUAUAUUUCAGUAGGUGUAAACAAUAUAAACGAUGACUCACACAUAAUCAUUAAAAGAAUUGUUUUAAAUCAAAUUAGUAUAGAGUAUAAAGUGUAAAUGAGUUGGAUUUGUCAAUGAAAUCGUGUUAAGCUCAUCCUUGACAAUAUAAUGCCGGGCUCUCUAAAGCCCAUUGACAAUGUUUUUCUCCCUUUUUCAUUGUCUAUCAUUUGUUCGUCUAUGCGAGACCAGGUUCCUCUUGUUCAGGCUCAAUGGACAUUAUGCUUUCAAAUCUGGGUUGUUAUUCUCUGCUAGGUAUUUUUUACCUAUACCCGAAUCAAAUAAUAUAUAUAUAUAUAUGUACGUAUAUCUUGACUUUAUUUUUUGCUAGAGAACAAGAUUUAUAUACAAGAUUUGUAACGAAUUAGAGUGUAUAAUAUAUAUAGAUAUAUAUUUAUCUUGGUUGAUAUAUACCUUUAGUGUGUUUACCUACGUGCACACCAUAUUAAUUUGAUUGCUUUUAUUGUUAUAUCAUUCUCCCGUUAUAAAAAGUACAAAAAUAAUGAUUGUGACGAGUCCAAUAAGAGCGCAUUUUCCGAAUUUUAUUUACAAUCGGUCACUGUGAUCCAGGCACUCUUACUUAACACGUGAAAUUAGUUUUCCCUUAGGGUAAACAAAAAAAAAACACACAUUUAUCCUAAAGCUAUGGUGAGAAAAACUCACCUAACAUGCUUCGAGCGUCAGUCAGCCUCCUGAGCAAAGUUAACGCAACAACAAAAAAGGCUGGAUUAUCGAUUCAGCAUUACUAAAAAUCUGCCCAUGUGCAUGCAUAUUUUGAGGGUUGCGGGGUCGGGGAGGCUUCCGUCUGCUUGACUCUGUUUACUUUGUUUUUGUUUUGUUUUGCAUUUUUUUUUUUUUUUUUUUUUUUUU